AUGUCAAUUCCUGUAGAAUUAUUGUGGGAGAUAUUUGCAAAGUCACCUGUCAAGUCUUUGAUGAGAUUCAAGAGCAUCUGCAGAUUGUUCCAUUCCAUAAUCAGUGACCCAGAAUUUGUGAAAGUGUACUUUGGACCAAGUAGAUUGUUGUUGGUUACAUAUAGUUAUGAAUUGGAAUCUGUGACUAUUGAAGCACUUUCGGGAAACAACAAUAUCAAUCAUAUAACAGAGACUCUUGAUGUUCCUUGGAACAAAAAUUUGCCAUAUGAUAUUGGUUUCUUUUUGCAUGGUUCAUGCAACGGUUUGAUAUGUUUAAGUGUGGAUGACUGGCUGAUUUCAGACAAAAUAAGGAGUCUGGAUGAUUUGUAUAAUUUAGAGGUUACAUGCACUGCUGUUGCAAAUCUUUAUUUAUGGAAUCCAACAAUAGGAGAUUUUAAGGCAUUGCCUACAAUGUCAAGUGUUUCUAGUGAUCAUAGUAUUGGUUUUGGUCAUGAUAAAUCCACUAACGAUUACAAGGUGGUGGCGAUAGAUGAUGACAGAUCAAUGUCUGAAGAAGGAUUCCUCUGCAACGAUGCUCUUCAUUGCAUAACUCGUUCUAAAAUUCAUGAGAAGUUUGUUUUGGCCUUUAAUUUGGCAAAGGAGGAAGUAGUAGAGUUGCCGCAACCAGAUACUAAUAAUAAAUUAUAUGAUGCAACCACCAUUGACGGAAAUAUUUAUUUACGCUAUAAGCUGCCUAAUUGA